UCUCUGGCUUCUCUCCCCUCUCUGGAUGUUGAGUGUUGACUAAUAAAAAUAUUUAUGGCUGUUCAUUGUAUAUUAUAGACAAUGUGUAUGGUAUUGGUUGUUUGAUCCCUAAUCUACGGUUUUUUGGCAUCGAUGGAAUGUAUUCUAUUUCUUAACUUUGCCAUUACAGUACAGUACUGUACUGAACACUGCAGAGCGAAGACCAGCGGUGCCGUCAAAGUCCGUUUUUCAUUUCUUCCUCCGUUAAUUUUCAUUGCGUUGCACUGUUUCAACCAUGUACGGCGGCAUCCACCAAGCUAACGGUGUUGAUGUUGUGGACGCCGACGGCCUGAUCCGUUACGGACGCGUGGUGGAUCUAGCUGACAACGGAUUCUUCGUGGAUUUCCGAUGUCCCACGGGAAGACGCCGAUUUUUCCCUUUCGAUAGCAAUGUCUUCCUGACGAGGAGAUCUCGUCAUCUGGUUGGAUUCGGUAUGGGAGAAGUGUAUGCUCAGCGCCGAUCGAUGAUUCCUGUGGAGGUCUUGAUGCGUGCGUCUCUUUCCAGCCCAUGGAAGUGGUUUCCUGCGGAAAUGAUCAAUUUGGCGCGUGGCAAAUGGCACGACCGGUACGAUGUCGCCGUCGUGAACUGGGGCAACAACUUGGCACGUACGGAUGUCGUCCCAUGUGCGCAAAUCCGCCAGAGAGUUCCGCAGACUUGGUGGAAUGGGGUUGACAAUGCACAACAUCGAGUAGCACUUCGCGAUGAAUAUGGCGGCCCGGUUGUAGGGAGACGCGUUGGGAGGAACUCAUUUAUAAUGCGCAGGAUGACGUUAACCGGGAAACACUAUUCGGUUUCGGUCGAAAAACUACAGAAGACGCUUCAGAACAGCACCAACUGUUUUGACGAGAUGGCUGAACGGGAAACCGCAUUCCUGGAGACCAGGGGUGGGUUUAUGUGGUAUCUUGACCGUCGCGGCAACGACUAUAUGUUAGAAGAUCCCGAGAAACCGUUUUCCUGUGAACACGAUCAAGACCUGGAAGCAUUCCAUCGUAUGGUCGGUGAAUAUCUUCCCUCUAAUGCGAACACGUAUAAGGCUUCGUCCGCGGGGUCUGCCCUGCUGGACGACAUCAAGGUGCUGUCGGUGGAAUUGUGGCUGGAGGUGUUUUUCCAUUUGAACACGCUGAUGCAAAAUAAACUGCGUGGGGUGUGCUCAACAUGGGAUUCCAUCCUGCAAUCCCCUCUGCUGACAGCUAACAUUGUUACGGGAUUUCCGAGCUGGGGCGAUAUGAACGACGGGACUAUAAUCUGA